GGGAGGGGCGAGCGAGUGCGCGCUGGGGGACUCGUCUGCGCCGCGGCGGGACCUUGGGCUGCUAGAUCAAAAUGUGUCUUCUGAUAGCCUGCCUUCCUCUGCCUUCAUCAGCUCCAGCGAGCACUUGAAUCCUGCCCUCACUAAUGUCUGUGAACACCAGAAGAAUCUACAUAAUAAGAGCAAAGUAUUGCUAUGCACCCAGUCCUGCAUGACUCCAUCCAAAUGGCUUCAUUUCAGAGGUUGGCAAGAUUCCUGGAUUUGUGAUACCCUAGAAGAAAUGCCUUUAUAAAGCUACAAAUCCAUUUCUUUGAUUGGACAGAAGUAAUUUCAGAAGUGACCCAUAAUGCCCACAAGUAAUAAGUGAAGGCAUGAGGCAUUCUCCAGAACAUAACAUUUUUCCCAAAAUGGGAGAUCUGUCUCUUCUCCAACAGCUGCAUAGGGAUGUGCUGGUAGGCACUCCUUUAACAAAGAACAGCCAGGAUUACGCUUCUUUCCUCAAUCCGCAUGUUUCACCACAAGAUUCAUCCGCAAGAGUUAAUGAGUCACAUAAUCAAAUAUGCCUAGAAUCUCCUAACUGGGGCACUUGGAGCCAUCAGGACUCUGCUGUUUCAGAUGCUCUUGCCCUUGUGACAGAUGAUAAAUCUGAUAGCUUUGCAAACACGAGCUCUUCAAUGUUCUGUUCACGGGAAAUGAUACUACUACAGUUAACAUUGAUCAAGAUGAUGAUUGCCAAAGUACAGUCCCAGGAAACUGAAUUCAGCAUAAAACAGAAGUACCUUGAUAUAAUAACAAUUCUUCUGAAAGAGACAAAAAUUGAUUCAAAAUUAAUUUGUCUAUGCAGUAGUUCUGAUAAACUGUUGUCUCACAUGGCUUCAAAAAGUAUAGCCUCCCUUAUAUACUUCCAACUAAAGAAAGAGAAUACAUUUAAUGUCACCUGGCUCGCUUUUUGUUUGAAGACUCUGUCAGAAUUCCCUAAGAGUGAUCAAGUAGCAGAAUGUCUAUGGAUUCUUAGAGCUAUUAUUAGGGACAUUUUGAAAGAUAAAGAUUUGCACAAAGCAGAUAUCCUGAAAAAGGUUUUCACUCCUCUUGAUACUGUGCUUGAAGGAUUUUACAAUUCCAUUUUGUCUCAUCGUUUUAACUGCUGCCAAGAUACUUCACUAUAUUCUAAAGCUGCAAACAACUUGAUCGGAUUCAUAGAUUUUCUUGAAGUUCUUGUGGCGUCAAGAAUCCAAAUAGAGUCACCUUUCAAAUGCCAAAGAAUUUUAUUUUUGAAUACUUCUUGCAUCUUGGACCUCACUUAUUCAUCAGUUGGUUAUUUAAUCAAGAAGAAGUCCAUUAUGCUCCUUAAAAAAUGCAUCCUUUAUAAAGCUGGUGAAGAUUUCAUAAGUGGAUCAUUACCCACUUUAUCCCUACAGGAUCCUUAUUUGGAUAAGGAUAUGUUAGCACUGGCUAAUGUUGUUUUGCAAGCUGUGAAUUUGGGGUGGCUGAAUCAAAUACCUGUUUCUGAAAAAGCCAGCUAUUUUGGAGGCAGUGAAGCUCAACCUGAGGAUGGCAUCCACAGUGGUCCUGACCAAGUAAUCCUCAGAGCCUUAAGUUUGGUUUUACUUAAAGCUUUAGAGAUCAAGGUCCAGAACGCUUCUAAAGCAGCUGAAAUAAAAGCAGACUUGCAGAGUUUCAUGUCCCGGUUAUUGAUAUUCUUGAAGAAACAUCUGAAGUCUUCUCCACAUUUUCAUCCAAAUGUACAUCCUUGUGAGUGGCUUUCCAUGGUCUUUAUAGAACAAGAUGAUGACAUGCUGGAAGCUGCUAAAUCGUUGUUAAUGGUUUAUUUAAAGUUUGAUAGGUUGUGGCAUGAUGCUGCUGGUAACUUAGGCCUUGCAGCAGAAGACGACGAAACCUGGAUCUGCCUGACGCAUGAGAGUGGCUGUAAUCCUCACUGUAUCUUUUUAUUUUUCCUAAAAAGUAUUGCGUUUGAUUCCACAGUUCUUCUUGACUUUUUGAUUUCAUCAGAAACCUGCUUCCUUGAGUAUUUUGUAAGAUAUUUAAAACUUCUGAGAGAAGACUGGCAUCAUUUUGUCAACAUCUCUAACUGCUUUGAUAUUGCGGCUAAAAGAGGUGUGUGUGUUUCUUUUGUCACCUCAUCCCACCAAGAAAAAAAAACUUGUCUGACAGAUUUAAGUUUGGAAAAUGCUUGUUGUGAUCCAGUACAACACACUCUGGUAUCUUUGGCUUCUUCCCAGAAGCCUUCUGUACCCACGGAACAGCAAGGUGAUGACCAGGUUGUAAAACCCAACAAGUCUAACUCAUUGAUAUGGACUGAUAACACAUCUGCAUUGGAUUGCCUUCAAAGCCUUGUCAAUUAUGACAGUUCAGAAGAUUCUGAAUUGGAAUCAGUGGGAAAGGAGUGUUUGGCAAACAUGAAGCAGAUGCCUUCAAACAAUCAAGGCAGUACAAAGAUAAGGGAAACUAUUUGUAUGGAUGUACAUGACAAACUCCAUACACUUGAAUCUAAAGUGUUGCCCCUGAAACAAAAAAGUUCUAAUCCCUUGUCACUUGGGGUAUGCAAUAUGUCUCCAGAUAAUCCUGUGCCUGUAGAAAGAAUGCUUUUCAAAUCAAUGAAAUGUUUGGAAGAACUGCAAAAAGCAAUUUCUAGGUUACAGAGAAGAAACCUUUUCCCAUACAACCCAGCUGCAUUGUUGAAACUGUUGAGUCACAUUGAGACAACCAGUAAAAGCAUGAAUCUACUAUAAGGCAAUGAAGUGCUAUUGAUGACAUUUUGAAGUAAUUUCACACUAGUGUGUGAUGGAAUGUUUCCACAAGAAGAGUGUACAUGCUCAAAGAUACAUUCCUUUUGGACCUAUCAGCGUGUUUAGACCAAGCAGGCUCAACUGGCUGCCAACUGACACUUUGAAAAGACAAAUCUGCAGCGGUGUUUAAGUACUCACCCUGUUGUCUCAUGGUCCCAAACUUAUUUAUGGUACGUAUGACAGAGUGAGGGUGAGUUACUGGGUAUUAGCAAAUUUAACAAAUUGAUUAUUCAUAUAAAGACAUAAUAAAGUACUUCCACUUGAAGUGUAAGGUGUAAUUCUUCCUAAUGUCAUUUUAACAUCGUAAGACCCAGCUAGAUUGUUAGUGCAUUACUGAUGCUGAUGCAAUGAUAAUUCCAGACUCAAGUAUUUAGAAGCAAAGCUAUGUAAGCUCUUUGGGGCAAGGUUCGUCUUUUCUGUGUUUGUAAUGCCACAGUACCUAGGAGCCUCAGUCCCGGACCAGGACCUCGUUGUGCUAGGUGCUGUACAAACAAAAAAUUAUAUCCCAUUCCUCCACUUCUGUGAUUUUAAUGCUAAGUUAUAUUUAUUGUUUCACUUUUUGGCCUUUACUGUAGGGCUGAUCAGCUAGUAGCAUAGCACUUUUAUCGGCCCAAAUUGGAAUUGAUAAUGUCACUGAAAAUUGAGUUUAAAAUUAAUGCCUAAAACAUAAUCAGGUGCAUUCCUUUAAAAAAAAAAAAAAAGUUGAACUAGUAUAUAAAUUCCUUAUUUAAAUGAAAAUUUGUUAAUGCAGCAUAAAAUUUAAAAUCUAAAUUGUGCAAUGCACAAGUAAAAUUUCAACGGCAAUACUUACGGACGUGCAUUAACACCCUAUAUAUUAUGAUGUAAAAUGCAUAGCACCGUAGCAUAUUAAAAUACACAAUUAGAAAAAAUGGAUAACUGGCUUGCAUUGCAAAUAUACAAUGUAAACAUUAGUAUUAGAACAUAUUUUCUGCAUUUACUUACUACCUGUGAUUAACUGACUAAUCUCACUGUUGCUAAUGGCUGUGUUAAUGCAUUUAAAUUGCUUAAUGUUAUGUGUAAUGUUAUAAUUUUAAAUACUGCCAGUUAGGCAAUAUCUUUCACAUAUUAAUGAAGUAAAAAGGGUGGGUGGAUGAAUUUCCUGUUUGGCAGGUGCCAAUUUUCUGUCAGUUUACCUAGCUGCAAUGACCAGCUU